AUGCCGUUUCGGCGAAAAAUAAUUAGUAUUCAGUUGUCCUCUGAUAGUUUGAUUUUAGUGGAUGGAAAAUAUCAGUCGAAAAACGUUUGUUGGACUCGAUUAACAUGGAGGAUGGGUUCUCUUUCGGCCAAACUUUGCACCAAAAAAAAUAAGAUAUCUAAUCCGAUUGUGAACUGCAUGCAGGCCGUUGGGCAACAGGACCAGAUUAGACCAGAAAGAGAUACACAGCCCAAAGAGGAUGGCGCACCCGCCUGAACGGUCAGCUUCGACCCCGGGGGAGGGAGAGAGAGGUAGUAUUACGACACCGGUGGGGUUCAGCACGAUCAGGUUUUUGGUUAGGAUGUUUGAUUUUUGCUGAAAAGGAAACCCUUACGA